AUGAUCUCAAAUGUCAGUGUUUCGAGAGAUUCAACAUUUAACAAACAAAAAGAAAUCCCUAAAGAAAUUGUGGAAACUGAUUUAAAAAAUCAGAAUUUGACUACAGAAACUGCAGAAGACAAUGAACAAAGGAAAUUACUUCAAUACGUUCACACUAUCAUGCCAUUAUUUCUCUUGUAUAUUGUAACACCGAUAGUUGUAUCUUUUAUUGUUAUAGGCUCAGGCUGUAUCUUAUUCCUAUGGUUGUACAGAAGAAAGGAAAAUGAUUUUUAA